AAGAAUCCUAAUGGCGAGGUUAAUGUCACAUCUGACGGCGUCAGAAUAUUGGAUGCGAAAGCGACACUUAACACCAAGGUAUAUGACGGCCCGAGACCAAGUCUGAAUGAAAGUGGUGCAGCUGAUAUUGACUAUCAAGCCUCCGCAUCGUUCAUCUCCGCCCAUUGGUCCCUCCCCAAGAAUGUGACAGAUUACGUCAGCCACGUGCUCUGGAAAGUAGAGGAACAGGAUGACGUCAUUGACUCCACGUCGUGGAAAAUCUUCCAACCAUUCCUUGAACUGAAACUGGCUGACCAUGUUGAUUCGCUAAACGCUGAUUUGGUAUGCGGGAAGCGUUACCGGUCCGUACUGAGGGCCUGUUAUGACAGUGUCUGCUUCAAUGACGACUUAAGCGAUGGUUUUCUCGUUUCAUGCAAAGUUCCAGCCGCUGGUGCAAUGUCCAUAAAGUUGCAGGAACCGAAAACAAUCGAAGUGGAGUUUGACAGGUUUCGUGACCAGGAUAUCCCAGAUAUAUACAUUGACCUGUCUCGCUCAGUGGUUGAGGAUUACCUGUGGGCAUUGAAAACCAAUGCUGAACCCGGGCAGCACAUCGAAUCCUGGACGAAAGCCACUGUGAACUUAACCAAUGAAAAGGGUGCAUUUUCUGUGGUCUUGGACAAGCCGUUGGCUUUCAAGGAAUGUUAUCGAUUUUUGCUUCGAGGCAUCUCCAAGUCUGGUCUCAGUACCACCAUUUCAAAGGAAAUUAAGUCAUGCGAUGCCAUUAAACCAUUCGAACCAACUGUCAUUGAUGCCUUGGGCCUCCCAAUGAUAGAUGAAGCAACUAAGACACCUGUACCAGGAAAGGGUCUACCAAUCUUCAAGAAGCAAAAUGAUGCUUGGUUAAUACCCGACAGAGACUAUACACCAUAUAUCAACAUUCUGUCUGCAACAUGGCCCAGCCUCCGACACAGGAAGUACAAAUAUUCAGUUAUUGAGGAUGAAACUAUGGAUGCUAUUGCGCACUUCAAGAAGGGAGAAAUUAUUUUCGAAGAUCCUUGUUCCUUGCCAAAGAAAAUCAAAUGUGGAUUCACUGAAAAUGAGUAUGUCAAUAUUGAAUUUGAAACUGGGACAUUGCUGCAUGGUAAGCGGUAUUACAUCUGUAUCCAUGCUGACACCGUUGUCAAGAAACAUGAGAAGUGGACUGAGACGCUGGCAGAGGUCAAUAACUGUAGCGACGGGAUCACUGUUGACCUUACUGCGCCCAAGCCGGGAGAAGUUUGGAUUGGAACAAAUAAGGAAGAAGCAUUUUUGGUAAGACAAAACCUGGCCUUGUUUGAUGUUGACUGGCAUUGA